GCUGAUAAGCCCACGGGCAUUGUAGUCCAAUUAUUAUAUAGCGAAUUUUUAGCCAACAGUUAAAGCAAAAGAUAAGCCAAAACACUUUUGCAAAUAAAAUUUGUAAGCAUGAGCGAAGCUUUGGAGGUGCUGGUUUUUGGGUCGGCCAUCAUAGAUUUCAUCUGUUAUACCCCACGUCUGCCCAAAGCAGGUGAAACGCUGCAUGGACACAAGUUUCAGACUGGCUUCGGUGGCAAGGGCGCCAAUCAAUGUGUGGCAGCAGCCAGAUUGGGUGCACGCACAGCACUUGUAGCUAAGCUGGGCGACGAUAGCUUUGGUGCGGAUUAUCUGCGUCAGUUACGCGAGGAAAAUGUUAAUGUGGAGCAUGUGCAACAGCUGUCCGGCCAGACCACGGGCGUGGCCCAAAUAGCUGUAUCCGAUGGUGGCGAGAACAACAUUAUCAUUGUCGUAGGUGCCAAUAAUUCACUAAGCUGCAGUGACGUCACCAGUGCAGCCACUCAUUUUGCCCAAGCCAAGGUGCUGGUAUGCCAGCUGGAAACGCCAAUCGAGGCAACAUUGUUUGCACUGCGUCAAUUCAAAGGCGUGUCUAUAGUGAAUGCAGCACCUGCAAUGGAGCAUACACCCAAGGAGCUACUGCAGCUGGCCAGCAUAUUCUGCGUAAAUGAGAGCGAAGCAGCGCUAAUGACCGGCGUCAAGAGCAUCAGCAGCGUUGGUGAAGCCAAUGCAGCCAUGAUUGAAUUAAUGGAAAUGGGUGCCAAUACGGUUAUUAUAACGUUGGGCAAACUGGGCGCAGUCUGCGCUACAAAGCAAGCUCCAGAGCAGUACGAGCAUGUGCCUGCACCGCAUGUGGAUCCGGAGCGAGUGGUGGACACAACGGGUGCUGGUGAUGCCUUUAUUGGCGCGCUGGCCUUUAACAUGGCACGCUAUCCACAAAAUGCGCUUACUGCGCACAUUGAGGCUGCCUGCGCGGUGGCCUCCAAGUCGGUGCAGCUGCCGGGCACCCAGGCCAGUUUUCCCCGUGCUUAAACGGUGAGUUACAGUUGAGCUUUGUACUUAUUAAAGUCAGUAGCCACCAGUUCAA